AGUACAGUAAAUAAAUGAAUUUACUUUGAUUUUCGGCAAUUCCUUUCAAGUUAAAUCCAAUUGCCUCUGAUUUGCCUGUAACGUGUAGACGCAUUUUACUUUUUCGAAAACCUGUUCGAGGGAGAUAUGCCUUCACUGGGACGCUCAAAGACUCCGCGGCUGGAAACAUGGCGGACACCAUCAGGUGCAUCUGCGAUUCCCUCAACUCUAUGGUUGGUUACCUGGUAACCAUGAGGGUCUGCGAGAUCCGGCACUGCCUUGAGUUCCUUGGAGUAGCGCACACGGAAGUUAUAUUGGGCGUCAUUCUUUUCGUCCUCUUGCAGUUCACCAAGUUCACGGCAGUCCUUCUCUUGGCUGUACUCCUAGCAUACGGAAUAUUUUACAUGUGGGAGACCUUCUUUCCGGAAAUCACCCAACUUGGACACAGGGGAAUGAAGAUGUUUCGGAAUGUACGCACAUCUGCCAAUUUACCACCUUUUGCUUCUGACACUGAGGAGACGCCAGGAGAAUACGUAAUCAGACCAAAAGUAAAGCAGUAUACAAGCGGCAUCGUACCUCCACCAAAUACGACAAUGCUACUUCCCAUGUUACCAACCAAUCUAAGAACCACAGGCUUGCAAACUGACCGCCGCCGACAGGAAGAGGAAAACAGGAGAGGGUCUCGCGGACGUGGUCACACAUCUCAUCGGGAACCACAGGAAACGGGAACACAUCGCCAAGAUCGACCUUAUUGGCGACCUGUUAGCCCUGAACGAGAGCAGCACCACUCAGCGAAAAAAAAUCCUCGUGGAGCCAGCGGGAGUGGUGGAGCAGGUGAAUCUAAGCGGCUGCAGAAUGUUAUGCGAAUUCCCACUGUCACAAGUGGAGUGGUGGAUACCCGAAGACUGUCCAACGUGACCAGCGACCAACUUAAACGUCUGCCCAAUAUGACAAGUGGAGAAUCCAGGAGGAUACCAAAAGUAACUAGUGGUGCCAACGAGUCCAAGAAACUGUAUAACAUGACAAGUGGGGAAAUUAUUGAUUCCCGAAGGAUUCCAAAAUUAACUACCAAUACCAAUGGGUCCCGAUGGUUACCAAAACUAACAAGUGGUGAAAAUAGGGAAUCCCGAAGGGUUCAAAAAAUGACCAGCAAUACCAACGAAUCCCGAAAAUUACCCAAUAUAACCAGUGGUGAAGUCAAGGACAACAGAAAGAGUUCGCGUCCUUCUGAUGGAGGUGAAUUACGCCGUACUUUCAAUAAUCAUAGAGGUUAUGACGAGUCCAAGACUCGUCGUCCGUUGGAAAAAUCUCAUCCCGGCCCAGGUCGUCGAUCGGAGGAGCAAUCAAAGCAACGGAAAACCAGCAACGGCCAUUCCGCGGUCACUACGCGCCGAUUUCCGGAGGACCAUUACGAUCGAUUGAAACUGGAGAAUCGGGAAUACCAGGCUCGUAGACUUCAAGGGAGUGGUGCACCUGGGUUCCGCCAAGGUUUAAGUAAUCCCACCUCCGAGGGAGCUUUGCUAACCAAACAUGAUAACUUUAUUCCAAAUCAUCGCCAAGGUGAGGGGCGGGAAUUCCAAAGGAACACGAAAUCAAGCCAUCCAGGAAAGGAUCGGAGCAGACCUUAUCGCAUACCUAAUCCGGUAUUCUAGAAUGAACAGGGAUGGCAUACUGAAAAGAUCAACCUUUCAAGAAGGUGCCAAAGAGUAAGAGAAUUUGUAUCUUCCCAAGGAGUUCCUAAAUAAAUAUAAAACGCAGAAGCCCUUCUCAAACCAGCGUUGAAUCUAGAAAAACUAUCCAAUUUGACGAAUACCCCAUGACAGUUGACAGUCGAGAGGAUUCCGAAGAUGAACUGCCAUGCCCAAGUUCUAAUAAAGCAGAGGUCAUAAAGGUUAAUAUUGAUUUAGGUAAGAAUAAAACCGAUAAUACCAAGAGAGAGAUUCAAAGAUCCAGCUGUGAAGAUGUAAACAAUCCGAAGGAGUAUCCCUUUGUUGUUGAGAUCCCCGAGAAAAAGAAAAAUAAGAGUAAAAAAAACUGCUGUGCUAGGUUAAAGGACAAACUAGCAGAAAAAGGCAAAUAACUGAAGCCAUUUUGUAUGUUUAUCAAAAUUAUUAUGUUUUCCCAAAGCAAAUAGGCACAACGAAGGCAUUAAAUAAAUUUUUUUGUAUUUUU